AUGGACCAGGAAGAUAAAGCUCUGCUGGUAUAUGUUCCAAAGCCCGGGGACGAAGAGUUUGUGAAGGCGAGGGUACUCACAGAGAAUCCAAUUGGAGAUGACGAAAUUGAAAUAGAGGUCAAGACUUUGGAAGGGGAACAGUUUACAACAACAGUGAAGCAUCUCGACCGGGUCAAUCCUGUGAAGUUUGACAAGUGUGAUGACAUGGCCUCGCUGACGCACUUGAACGAACCAAGUGUCCUGGACAAUUUAAAGAGAAGAUACCUGGAUGGACUAAUCUACACUUAUUCUGGACUUUUCUUAGUUGCUGUGAAUCCGUACAAGAAACUCAACAUCUACGACAGAAAUACUAUUGACUAUUAUCAAUCCAUGGAGUCCUCGUUGUACCAACAACCACAAUUGGACGGUGACUCUGCAAUUAACCCAAAACCCCAUAUCUUUGCUGUUGCACAGAACGCAAUUCAGAGGCUGGUGAAAGAACAGAGAAAUCAAAGCAUUUUAGUUACCGGUGAAAGUGGUGCCGGUAAGACUGAGAAUACCAAGAAAAUCAUUCAAUACAUUACCACCAUUACAGCCUCUCACGAGUUAAAUCAAGGCUUUGAUUUUGAAGAGAAAAUUCUACAGGCAACUCCUAUCUUGGAAUCAUUUGGAAAUGCCCAAACAGUGAAAAAUAACAAUUCGUCACGAUUCGGAAAGUUUAUCAAGAUGGACAUCGACUACUAUAAAAAAACCUUGGCUGGUGCAAGUAUUCAGUGGUACUUACUGGAGAAAUCUAGAGUUGUCAAGCAAGAUGCUGAAGAAAGAAACUAUCAUAUAUUCUAUCAACUCCUUAGAGGUCUUUCUCAAUCAGAACUGUCAAAAUACAGACUUACUAAUUCCAUUACUGACUUCAACUAUUUGAAGUACUCUCAUGCUGAUAUACCUAAUGUUGAUGACUCGCAAGAUUUUCAGAAUCUCAUGAAAGCACUACAGGUUUGUGACUUUUCCGAGACAGAUAUCAAAAACAUAUUCACGACCCUAGCCGUAAUAUUGCUGUUGGGGAAUAUCACCUAUCACAAUCCUGAUAGCGAUAAACAGGCAAUUCCUACGGAAGACGCACCAUUUACUGAAAUCCAAGAGUUACUGCAGUUGGAAAAUCCGCAACUAUUGAAAAAUGCGAUCAUUAAACCCAAAGUUAAAGCCGGAAGGGAGAGUGUGACACAAGAAAAGAAUUCCCAGCAGGCAAAAGUCUCAGUUGAUGCUUUGGCAAAAGUCCUCUAUGAGAACUUAUUCGGCUUCAUAGUGGAUAAAAUUAAUAACAACUUCGGAUAUUCUGGUUUAUCCUCCAACACUAGCUUCAUUGGAAUUUUGGAUAUUGCAGGUUUUGAAAUAUUCCAAAAAAAUUCUUUCGAACAGCUAUGUAUUAACUAUACCAAUGAAAAGCUGCAGCAAUUCUUCAAUCAUCACAUGUUUGUUUUAGAACAGGCUGAGUAUGUGAAGGAGAAUAUUAGUUGGAAGUUUGUCGACUUUGGCAAUGAUCUUAAACCAACCAUAGAAUUGCUUGAAAAUAAACCAAAUUCUAGGGUAGGUAUCUUCUCGAUACUGGACGAAGAGUGUCUUAUUCCUAAGGGAUCUGAUGAAGAAUUCCUAAAUAAACUUCACAAAAAUUUUGAGAUCAAAGAAGAUGGGGUGAAUUCGCCUUAUGGCAAUGCUAGAUACAAGCCAACCAAGGUAAGAAAUGGCUUCAUUGUUAAACAUUAUGCAGGGGACGUGACCUAUGAUGUUGAUGGUUGGUUAGGAAAGAAUAAAGAUCCAUUGAACGAAAAUAUUAUUGAAGUUCUUUCUAGCUCUUUGAAUCCUUUCUUUGUGGAUCUGUUUUCUUCAAAGUUAAAGGCAGUUUCAUUACGAUCUAGUCCUUCUAAAAAGAACAAAGGGACAUCCAAGACUGUUGCCACAAAGCACAAAGAGCAACUCUCCUCACUAAUAAACCAGCUGUCUCAAACCCACCCCCAUUUCGUGAGAUGCAUCUUACCAAACAACCAAAGAUCAUCGAAUAUGUUCGACCAGAAACUUAUCUUGGACCAGCUGAGAUGCAAUGGUGUUUUGGAAGGAAUAAGAAUCGCAAGAGCUGGUUAUCCAAACAGAAUCCCGUUUGACAAAUUUUACUCCAACUACGGCUUUUUGUCUAAAAACAAAAUUCGACACAAUGAUAAUAACUUCAAAAGUAACUGUGAAAUUGUAUUGAACGAGUUAGAACUUUCUCCCAAUGAUUUCAAGGUUGGUCUUACAAAACUGUUUUUCAAAAAUGGAGUUCUAGCCGUAUUGGAAGAAAGAAAGGCCGCUAAACUAUCUUCAACAAUAACAGGGUUACAGUCGAAUAUCAGAGGUUUUAUUCAAAGAUCCGAGUUUGUAGAUAAACUUCGAAAACAUCAAGCGGCUAGGCUUAUAUCUAAAAAUUUCAAAGAAUAUUACCAUCUUUCACGCAAUGAUGAAUGGUACAAGUUGGCGUUAAGAUUGACACCUUUGAUCGAAGGAGAACGUAAACUUGCUGAAAAGAAAAAAUUGAAAACAAGAAUUGACUCAUUAAUCAAACAGGUUGCUACAUUGGAAGAAGAGAAAGUCUCAUUUUCUGUUCUCAAAAGUGAACUGGAAGAAUCCAUAAACGUGUUGACGAACUCCCUAGAAUCCGAACGAAGCCUAUCAAACACUAAGGAUAAAGAACUUGCCAAUGAGAAAGCUCAUAGUAUUGACUUAGAGAAGAGUUUAUCAGAUGCCAACCAACAAAUUGAAAAGCAAGAGAAUGAUGGUAAAAUUGUCAAUAAUGAACUUUUGACUUUGAAGAAAGAAUUGGAAAAGUUGACUGAAAUGGAAAAACAGAAGUGUUCCUUGGACGAUAAAGUAAAGUCAUUAUCGCAGGAACUGAUUGCUGCGAAGAGCUUGCAGCAAGAGGUUGAAUCACUUAAAGGUGCCAUUACUAACCGUGAACAAGGAGAAGCCGAUCUCAAAAACACCAAGAUCCUGUUGGAGUCAAAGCUUAACGAGUCUAAUUUAAGUUUUGAAAAAGCCUCUGCUGAGUUGAGUAAACUAAAGGAGGAGAAUAAUACUGUUAAUGCCAAACUUAAUCAAUUAGUCUCUGCACAAGCAGAACGUGAGAAGAAAUUAGAAAGGAGAGAGCGUGAACUGCAAGACAAAGCCCAGGAUCUGGAGUCCAGGCUUUCACAAGUACACCUUGUUGAACAAGAGAAGAAAAAGGCUAUUGACGACUAUACUGCAAUUAAAGAAGAGAAUAAACUUCUGAAGCAAAAAGCAAAUUCCAUUUUAGUUUUGAAUACAAAACUUGAGCGGGAAGCAAGAGAAGCCAACUCUUUACUUGAAGCCAAGAUUGCUGACGAUGUUAAAUUUGAGAGGGGAAAGAAGGCCUUUGAUGAUCAGAUAUCGCAGUUGAAGGAGAAAGUAGAAGAAUUGACUAAGGAGCUAAGCAUUGAAAAAGAGAACAGCUCUCGUGAUAAGAUUUCUCUCAAAGCACUGGAUUUGGAAAAUGCCAAACUUUUGAAGGCAAAGAAAAGUUAUGAUGUUCGAACCGCUGAGUUGAACCUUCAGCUGCAACAGUCGAAGGUCGCAUCGCCAGCCAGUCCAAAGAAUAUUUUCUCUGCUUCCGAUACUGAGGUCAACAAACUUAAUUUACAGCUUAGUGAGGAACAGGCAAAAUACUCUGUUUUGAAAUCAGAAAAGCAUGCUCUUGAAGAUGAGCUGAACUUUGUGAAGACAAGAUUAGCAUCUGAAGCUUAUGAUAACAGGCAAUUAAAGGCGAAGCUUUCUACCAUUAGUGAACAAAGCGGCAUCCCCAUCGAAAGCAACAACUUACUUUCUUCUCCAAUUAAAGCUAGCCGCUCUUCCCUUUCCGAUAAGAUAGCAGUUGACGCUUCUGAGCUUAAAAUACAAUUGGAGACAGAAAAGGCUGCCAAUAAGAGGCUUGAAACAAUGAAUGUUGAACUACAAACUGAACUUCUUAGAUACAAAACCCUUUCUUCCAGAUUAAACAAUCAGGACUUCAGACCCGUUGAUUUUGGCAAUGUAUUAAAGGACUCUACAAAUGACUUAAACAAAAUGAGCCAAGAUGAACCGGCCAAUUCCUUGCGUCUUAACUCUAUGUUAAAUGAGGCCAAUACUAAGCUGAAAAGACUUCAAACAGGUGAUCACGUAUCUCAGCAACAGGAGAUUGUACAGUACAAAUCAAAGAUUGACAGACUAGUAAGACAGAAUCAAGAUCUGAAGGACUCUUUGGAACUAUACAAAUCCAGGUCGGAAAACUAUUAUGGCAAGCUUGAGGCUGCUGAAGUUGCCGUGAAGGCAUCCAAGAGAAGUGAAGAGUUCUUGAGGGGCGAGCUUCAAGUUGCUCAAGAGAGAAUAGGUGUCGCACAAGAGAACUAUAGAAAAUCGGAUCUCAUGGUAGCACAGCAGAAUUCGACAAUCAGAGAACUUCAGAAAGAGCUUUCUGAUAGUCUGUUUAACUUGAAAAAAUUGAAAUCCAAGUACGAGGAUCUAGAGGAAAAGUUUGAGCAAGAAACAGACUUUAGAUUAUCAACCACUUCUUCUCUUUCUGCCAACAAGGAUAGAGAAAUCGAGUCGUUGAAUAAGGAACUCUUUGAGAAGAUGGAAAAGGAAGUUGAACUAAACAAGAGAGCAAAGAGUCUAACCAUGCAAUUGGAAACCACUCAAAAAGAAAACAGGGCCUUAACAAACACCACAAAUUCUUUAAUUAAGGAGAAACAUAGUCUGGAUCGAAUGAUAACUGAGAUGAAGAAAGCCAAUGAUGAACUGAAUGCUAAACAAAUAGAUUUGGAACACAAAGUAGCAACGAGCGUCCAACAGGUUAUAACCUACAAAGCAACUGUUGAGGAUUUGAAUCGGGAAAGAAAUAAUUUGUUGGAGUCCAAGAGGCUUCUGGAAGUAAAAGUUGCCGAUAUUACAAAAGAUCUUGAAGCUCGUAUGCGAAUUUAUGAAGACGCCAACAGUAAUCCUGCACAUGUCUCCAAAUUAACUAACGAAUUGAAUGAUUACCGUCAACAAGUCAGAACUUUCAAGGACAAGAUUGAGGAAGACAAAUUGAGAUUCAAGGAAUACAGUGACAAGGUGUCUCAAUUGACGGAACAUGUAAACAUGACAGUGGAAGAAAAUAAGGCUCUUAGUAACUACAAUGAACAAUUGAGCAACAAGAUCAAAUCAUUGGAAGCAAGUUCUAAUGAAAUGGAGACGAAUAUCACCAAUCACUGGAGUGAAAGAGUAAAGUCUCUAGAAGAAAAGCUAGCCGAAAAGAAGACUAAAGAGUUUGAUGAAAACCAAAACAUUUUCAAUCUACAAAGUCUGGUCAAGGACUUGAACAGAAAAAUUGAAAAUUAUGAGAAGCUGAACGAGAGGUCUCAAAAUGAAGUAGACAACCUGGGUCAAACUAUGAAGAGACUUAAUGACAAGAUAGAAUCUCUCCAGGAAGAAGGAUCGCAGGCCAUUUUGUUGCAAAAACAAUUGGAGAGAGAACGAGAUGAAUUCAAGGAGAAAAGUUUGAAGCUGGAAAAAGAGCUAUUGGAUGUUUAUAGUAACUAA